AUGUCUUUUCCUAACGAAAAGUCUCCAGAGACUGUAGAGGCGGCUGAAACGCCCGUGGUCGCACUCUCCAAGUCUAAAGAGAACUAUGAGGGCGCCCCAUCGACUGUGGGGGAACCUGCCCGCCAGAAAUGGUACCAGUGGUUUGCACCCACCGACACACCGGCUGAGCGACGAUUGAUCCUCAAGCUCGAUGGUUUGAUCAUCGUGUUUGUGUUUUUGGCCUAUUGGGCCAAGGUUCUGGAUUCGUCGGCGACUAGCACGGCGUAUGUGAGUGGGAUGAAGGAGGAUCUGAAGUUAUAUGGAAAUCAGUUGAAUUAUCUCAACACGGUGUAUAUGGUUGGCUUCAUUACCAUGCAGAUUCCAUUGACCCUGGUGAUGACUCGCUGCCCAGUGAACUAUUUCUUGCCAGUUGCCGAUCUCUUCUGGGGAGUCUUCACGCUAGCGCAGUACAAGGCGUCUAAUGUCACUCAACUCUACGCUCUACGCUUCUUCGUAGGAGCCCUCGGUGGUUUCUUCUUCCCCGCCGUGCAAUGGUACCUAGGUUGUUGGUACAAGCGCUCGGAACUUUCUCGCCGAGGCGCCAUCUUUUUCAUUGCCAGUCAAGUUGGCAGCAUGAGCUCCGGCUAUAUCCAAGUCGGUGCCUAUGCCCGACUCGACGGACGCUAUGGAAUCGAAGGUUGGCGUUGGCUAUACAUCAUUUGCUUCGCGUGCACUAUCCCUAUCGCUUUCCUCGGUCUAUGCCUGCUGCCGAGUACCCCGGACAAGUGCAACUCACGCUUCUUGAGCGCCGACGAAAUCCGCUUGGCGCAGGAGCGGAUGGCUUCUGAGAACCGUGAGGCCCGCCAGCCUUUCACUAUGCCCCGGAUUCUGGAGAUCCUAAAGGGCUGGAGACUCUGGGUGCUGGUUGCGUUUGCGUUCUUCUUCUCACAGGCUGAUGGAGUAUCCUCGAACAGCGGUCUCUCGCUGUGGCUCAAGGCCGAGGGGUAUUCAGUCGAGAGCAUCAACACCAUCACUACUGUUUCGCCAGCCGUGACUAUCGUGGCUUCUAUUGUGUGCGGUGUACUUUCGGACGUCUACGACACGAAAGCUAGCUUGAUCGCUAUCACUGCGUUACUGAAUAUCUUUGCUUGCAUAGUUCUGGCAAUCUGGAACGUCCCCGUCGGCCUCAAAUUCUUCGCAUUCUUCCUCUCUGGAACGGCAGAUGGAAUUGCGGCCAUCAUUUAUGCCUGGGCGAACGAGAUUUGUGCGCAUAGCGCUGAGGAGCGUGCGCUUGUCAUCAGUGCGAUGAACACGGUCGGCAAUACCUUUGGGGCGUGGCUUCCACUUUUUGUUUGGAAGACCGUGGACGCCCCUCGGUAUCUCAUCGGCUAUAACUGGACGAUUGCGCUUGAUGUUUGCAUGCUUGUUAUGCUGGCCGUGCUAAGGCAUUUCUGGAUUCGUGAGCAAAAGCGGACUCGGAACUAG